GGGCUGAUUUAACUAUAUAACAGCAGCUUUGUCAUCCGCAGCCUCAGCACAGGUGCCGCAUGCUAUUUUCUUUUCCUUUUUCCCUUUCUGAUUUCUCGGUUGUCUGUACUUCGUCGUGCAUGACUAGCGGGACGCUACCGUCAACUUCCCAAGCCGAUCCACCCCAAACGCCAGGUUAGACGCGGCUUGAGGUCUCCGCCGCGCCGAUUCCGGCGUCCGCCAGCUUACAAGUUCAUUGAUUCCGCAAGUUCCGCCAGCUCAACACCAGACAUAGCGCGUGCAAUGUCGACAACAGCUGGCGCCUUCAUAGCAGGCGGCAUCGCCGCUUGCGGAGCCGUGACGGCGACGCAUCCCUUCGAAACGGUCAAGAUCCGCAUGCAAUUACAGGGGGAACUGCAAGAUAAAGGCCACCAGCCACACCACUACCGCGGGCCCGUCCACGGCGUAUCCGUCAUCGUCCGGAACGAGGGGUUGCGCGGAAUCUACCGGGGCAUUGGGUGUGCCUACAUCUACCAGGUGCUGCUGAACGGCUGCCGGCUGGGCUUCUACGAGCCGAUGCGCAACGCGCUCUCCACGCUCGUAUUCAAGGACGGCAAGACGCAAAGCCUGGGGGUCAACAUGUUCUGCGGCGCUGCGUCGGGCGUCAUGGGCGCCGCCGCGGGCAGCCCCUUCUUCUUGGUCAAGACACGUCUGCAGAGCUACUCGCCCUUCUUGCCUGUCGGCACACAACACCGGUACCGCAAUGCGUGGGACGGCCUGACGAAGAUCUACGGGAGUGAAGGGGUGCGCGGCCUGUACCGCGGUGUAGGCGCAGCCAUGAUCCGGACAGGUUUCGGGAGCUCGGUGCAGCUGCCAACAUACUUCUUUGCGAAGCGCCGGUUGAUGCGGCACCUGGGCAUGGAGGAGGGUCCGGCUCUGCAUCUUGCCAGCAGUACGGCUAGCGGCUUCGUGGUCUGUGUCGUGAUGCAUCCGCCGGGUAAGUUCUGCAGGACGAGUGGUUCUGAGCAUCAGAGGCCUAACGUCGAGUAGACACGAUCAUGUCGCGCAUGUA